GACGCCUUGUACUAGACGCGCGACCUACGUUUGAACGGAGGAGGAAAAAACCGCGAAAGCGGCAGAGUAACGGCUGGCGGCGGCGGCGGCUCACGAUGAACGAACAGGCGGCACUGCCUCGGCUGGAAUUGCCUAAACAGCCAUACAGAAGUAGAUUCUACAGAGGCAAUGCAUUUGGGAGACUGACGGGAAGACCAAUGAACAUCAUCUUGCAGAAAAAUGCAAACACAUCAGCGAUUGUUAACAACUUCUUGGCUGGACUAGAUAGUAUUAAUAAUACUGGGCCACAAAUAGAUUCUACAUCCCAUUUUGAAGUUAGGUUUUCAAAAGGGGAAAACCCAAUGAAUGAAUCUCCGAAGGAUCUUCAGUGUAAAAAGGAACAGUCUAUUACUAGAACACAAUUGCAGCCACCUGAAAGUAGUCAAUCUCAUCAGGCACCAGAAUAUUACACAGUCAAGGAGGGAGAAAAUAAUGGCUCAAGCAGUUCAAAAAAGCAGACUGCUCUUCGGGUAGAACAAGCAGCUAUUGUUUCUGACAAAGCCAAUGCAGGUGCCGAUGGUGAUGGUGUUCACAUCUCUGAUGCUAAUGAAGAUGGAAAAGAUUUUGAUGAACCAGAAGGAUCGCUCCUCAUUGAUGUAGAGACACUAGUAUUGGAGACUGAUGCAUUCCCUGCAGAAAAAUUUGGGACCACUUAUGAUGUAGAAACAUCAAUAGUUAACUCAACUCCAUAUCCUUCAAAACCUUCGCAAAGUUCUAAACCAAACAUGAGGUUAUGUUUUAAUACAAGUGUAACGCCCAUUGCUGUGAAGAGUCCGAAUGUAAGAGCUCAACAGAAGAAUAUCGUCUCAAACGCUUUAGGAGUUGAAGAACCCAAGACUUUGCCAAGCUGUUUUGGAAAGAAACCAACUGUUUUAGGAUUGACACAGCCACCACAAGUUGGGCCUCGUGUUUUUACACCAAAGUGUAAUGACUUUGAAUUUGAAUUGGUGGAAGAAGAGAGCUUCUGUUUUGAAUCAUGGACUUCCAUACCAAGGAAGGCACUGAGCCAGAAAUCCAUAGAACAAAGAAAGAAAUCUAUCUUGGAUGUGAAGAAUAUAACAAAGAAAGAAAAGCAUCGGAAAGCAGAUGGAGACCAUGUUGCUGCCUCAGAUGUAAAACAAAGGGAAUCAGCAAAGGAGCAUUUGCCCCUUCAUAAACAAUCAGAGGAUGCAAAAUCUUGCCAACAAAACAAGCAGGGAUCUAGCAGAAGCUCAGUUGUAUGUACUGCAAAGAAUAAUACUGAGAAAGAGUUACAAAGCGAACCUUCAGCUGCCUCCGGACGGUCUUUGACCUCCAAGAAAAGAACAAAACUGGGAUAUGCAAAACAAGGAAAGUCAGGAGAAAAGUGUGUCGAGUUUCAGGAGAACAGAGAUGAUUGUGAGGCAUUCCAGGAAGAUUCACUUUUAUGCCUUGUAAAGAAGACUAAUAAAAUGGAUCCUAAUGUACUUGAGCAGGGUGCUUUAAGUUGUAAGAACUCUGCAGAAGCUGGCAGUUCAACCAAUUUAGCCAAAGCAGAUGAAAGUAACAGAAAAAUGCCUAGUAAAAGGCUUUGCUCUAGAUUUGACACUUCAAGCAAGCAGUCUUUGACUAAACGACCAAUAUCAGACCUGUACACUAAAUGUGUGGAUCUGGAAUCUAUCCCAUUAGCUCAGAAUACAGCAGAUAAUAAUGAUGAAUCAGCCGGAUUUGAAACAUAUCAGCCAAGAAAAAGCUUGUAUAGUGGGAAGAAUAAAGAAACUACCAUUGUGAAUGGAUCUCUAGCUCUUUCAAGACUUCCACAGAAAAGUAAAUCAAAAGGAAGCUUAAAUACAAGUAAAACACUUGGGGUCUUGAGCAACUUUUUUGUGAAUCAACAAAAAGGAUAUCCAUCUGAGAACGUUGUCCCAUCUACCUCUGGACUUGAAAAGCAACAGGAAGAAGCACCACUUAUUCCUCAAGCAAGAUUUGGGAUAAAGUCUGCUUUAACCCCAUUACCACACCCAAAACAACUUACUUCUGUAACUUCAGCACCCAACACUGAAUUUGUAUUUGAAUCGGAAGAAGAGGAAAACUUCUGUUUUAAGUCAUGGAUUACAAUACCGAAGAAAGCUUUUGUGCAAAAGCAGGAUCCAGUUGAACUGGAGAAGGAAUGUGUUGUGGGUGUGGAUGCAAAGACAACAAAAAAGAAGGAAAGAAAGCAGAAGGCGGCAAAAGAGAGAACGUUCACUAUUCAGUCAAAGAUAAGUGAUAAAAAUCAGUUACCUCAAAAUGAAAAAAACAAGGCAAAAUAUGAAAAUCAAUCUCAGAAACGUUCUGCAUAUCCAUUAAAAAGUGCUGCUGAGAAGGAGCAAAAGGAAGUACACAAUGAAUCUUCAUUCCACUCACCUCCCAGACAAAAAAAAUUGAAGUCUGCCAGACCAAGGAAAAAAUCUAUAGUUGAAUCCAAUAGAGGCGAAGAUCAGGAAAAGUUACAAGAGGAAUUACACCAAGAACCUCAUUUCUAUGUUAAGGAAUCUAAGAACAAAACUGAAAAGGCUGAACUUUUUGAUUACAGUAUGAGGGCUUCUAAUAAGUUUUCAGAAUCAAACUCAAUACGUUUAUCUUCAUCCCAUUCAAAACACUUGUUGCCUUCUGAUAAAACAAAGUUAGAAGGCAAAAAAGGAAGACAAAGAAAGAAAUUUGUGGCAAAGUCUAAAAGAGCCAAAGAACAAGAAGAAAUUAAGGCCAGAUUUUGUGUUCAGGAAAAUGAAAAUGGAAUGGAAGAGUUCAGAAUGUCUAAGCAGAAUGCAAUUCCAAAGAAUCCCUCAGAAUAUGGAUAUUCAGUAAAGGAUUGUAAUGAAAAGAAAUCAAAGCUGCCUUUAUUUGCAAAAUCAGGAUCUGAGAACAAAAAGAGAACCAAAAAGAAACAAAAACAGAACCCAACAGUUAACAAAGGAAUGUCAAAGAAGGAAACUCAACCAAUGAAACAUGGCUCUUCCAAGAAAAGUCUUCCUUCUUACCAUGAACCUGAAGAGAACCCUACACAAGAUAAUGCUUUCAAUGUACGUUUAAGGAGCCGACGCCUUAUCAGACCACCACCAAAGUGGUGGGUGGUACAGCAUUCUGACAAUGAUUUGCAAACAGAGUUGAACACAAAUUACUCACCAGAACCGGAGGCUAAUUUACAAGGAAGGUUGGCGACCUUAAAGUUUGCAAAGGCACAAAUGAAGAAAAAGAUGGUUAUGAAAACAUCUUCAUCUGCUCAACUGGAGACAAAAGAGCAUAGUUCAGAGGAACACACCUCAGAGAAGGAUGUUUCUGAAGAUGUUUGUUAUCCAGAUAGUCCACCAGGAGAUCAUGUUCGUAAUAUAUCAGAUAAGAAGCAAGGUAGAAAACAAAAGUACACUUCAGCCUCAACCAAACCAAAAAAGCGAUUGUUUUCGGAGGCUGAAGAAGAAAAGGCCAAACCCUCUGAUAGGCACCAGCGCAAAAAGCAAAAAUUCCUUCAGAAACAGGAAGUUCAUAAUAUCGGUGUACAUGAUAAAAAUGGAAUGGAACAAAAUGAGAAUUCUGAUGAACUUACAGACUCUGCACAUGUUUCUCCAACUUCAAGGCAAACUAAGCGCCUUAACUCUUUAUCAUCAAAACCAACUAAACAAAAGCCCAAAGGAUCUUUAGAAUCUUUCGGCACUACUUGUGUUGUGAAGGUUACACAAAAACCUGCUCAUGAAUCUCCAGAAAUGAUCAAAGUUUCUUCAGGGAGUCCAAAUCGGGCCCUAAUGAGUCCCAGAAAGUCCAAUUCUGGACUGGCUAAUCAACCUUGUAUGAGUGCACAGGUUUCCACAUCUACUCCACAUGCUGUUGUGAGCACAGGAAGAUACCAAAAUAAGACCAUUCCUUCUCAACAGACACUAGAUGAGAAUGAGGAGGGUGAUGAAUGCACUACCUCUGUAAAAAGGAAGGGAACUUUAAAGCAAGGACAGCUCUGUAGCGAUUUGCCUGUUUUUAAUAAGAGUGGGCCAGGGCCCACUGUGAACUAUCAAGAAUCAUCAGAUGUAGGAGACAGUGGACAUAUUGAGCAUGAAGUUGACAACUAUGAGAAGCAGCCAUCUGAAGGAGAGGAAGGUUUGAAAUCAACCCGUGUGUGGAGCGAAAAGGAAAGCAGUGAAAUAUUUAUGGAUUGUGUUAAAACUUCUGAAAUGUGCAACUUCUUUUAUCCUUUAAGGACUGAGUAUGAUGAUAAUAGGUCCAUUGCAAUCUGCAAGAGUUUAAAUAUGAAAACAUUUUCUUGUGGGAAACUUGUACUGGGACCAUACAAAGAAAAGGGUUGUCAGAUGGUUUAUAAAGACACCAUGAUAUUUCACAUCCUAAAGGGUGAUCUAGUUAUUACAAUAUACCGUACAACAUACCGUCUCAAAGACGGCGAUUACUUCUUCGUACCUUCAGGUAACACUUACAAUGUUACGAAUCUUCAGGAUACUGAGGCUGUUCUGCUUUUUACGCAACUGAAAGGAGCCGCAGUUAUGUAAACAAUGUAGUCAAAGAACAAUUUUUGACGCUUGUAAUUUGGACUGUAUUUCAAAAUAGUUUGUGAGCAAUUUUGCUUUGAAAAUUUGUACACAAUGAAGUUGAUGUAAGAAACUCAUCAUUUGUAAUAAAAGCAAAUAGCUUGUAUCAUUUAUUAGAAUAAUUGAGUAUUAUGGAAUUUUUGAAUUAUUGUCUGCUUUGAAAUAUACCAGUACUACAUAGACUUUGCAAUUUUUUAUGUGUAUAAUACACUGGAAUAAGGACUGAUAAAUAUUGUAAUUAGGCUAGAAUUUUAAACAAAUUUUCAGUAGUUAAGUGCAAUCUGUUGCUUUAUUUACAUAAAUUUAGUUUUAACAGCAAAAGAUGAAUUUCUUUCAAAUAUGCAGUGGGAUUUAUUGUAAAAUAGUAACUAAACAUAAAUCAACAUCUUAGUGCUCUGAAUUUCUGUAGAGAAAUGAAAGAUGAUAGGAAUCCAAAAUAGGCCCACACUCAGCAAAAUAAUUUAAGCAAAAACACCUCUGCAGAAGUAUAUUUAGUUAUGUCAAUGCUAAGGAAAUGUAUUCAACAAACUAUUAUUUUUCUGGGUCUUCUUUCUUUUUGUUGAGAUUGUCCAAGAUAAUUUUUAAUUUUUCAGUUAAGGUGCAGAGGAAAUUUCUAUUUUGAAUAGUACAUAAUGUUGUGAGAUUAGUACUUGUAUACUGUAGAUGAAUUAUUUAGUUAAGAAAAAAGGAUGUAGUGAAACAAUUAAUAAAAGAAAGUGUUCCCCUUUUUCCUUAUUUGUCACAAUGAUAUUAAUGUAACUGAGAAUCUUAACUGUUUAUAAUUAGAAUUAAACAGUACUCCCCCCUUACUAAUUCUCUGUACAGUAAACAAAUUAAUUUAUUUUUCUAUCUUCAACUGUCGUAAAUGAGUGGAAUAUUUUGUAAACUGAACUGUACUUGUAACAACUCAUUAGUUUUUCUAAAAAAAAAUUGACUUUCAAAAACCUGGGGAAGUUAAAAGAUGCCGAAGUAUCUAUGUAUAAAAUAAUGCUUUGUUCCAGCUAGAGAAUAUUUGCAGGGAAAACAAUGUUGGUGCUUUAAAAAAAAAAUCUUGCAUUUAGAAUGAACAAAUUAUGAUUUUUUCUUUUGCUGCUGAACUCUGGAGGUACUUUCAUUAAUUUGUAAUUUUACAUCAUGAUGGGAUUUUGUCAUGGAACUUCUUCCCCAAUUUCCUGCUCUCAUCUAACGUUGUUUAUUUCCUUGGAUGAAACUGACAAACUCAUGUCUGUUAACUGGUUUCCACCAUUUGUAGCAUUAACUCCAAUGACAGGCCUACUGUCUGCUCAGGAUUUAUCCAGUUACAUCUUGUGAAGCAUGCCAUCCUUCAUUAACAUUUUAAAAUUGUAUUUACACUGGCUAGCUAAAAAUAUUUCCUCAAAUUCAAUGUGACCCAUUUAAUUAUCUCACUAAAUUUGCAUUCUGUGUCUUAAAAUUUUAUUUUUUUUCUUCUGAUAGUUGUACUACUGUGGUUUUGUGCAUGGAGUGACUGUUGGUGUCCAGAAAUGGGUCAUUAACAACUCGUACAACUGGGAAUUAUUCUUUGGCACAAUGGCAUGCUGCAUUUAAGAAUCCAUUUUGUAAAUAUUUUGAUCUUUUUCUCAACUUCAUUCUAUAUUUUUUCCAAUUUUUGUUUUAUUUUAUAUCUCACUCAUAACCGGAAUGCAGAUUAUCAUAAGCUAGAUCUCUGCUGAGGCAUUUAUUAAAAAAGAUUACUAUUUAAAACAAAAGAAAUAAAGCGAAUCACUUACUUUCAGUUACCUUGUCCAUCUAGAUCAACCCAUUCAAAUGGAAAGGCUAUGCUAUGUAUGGAAAAGCUGACAGGUUGGAUAUGAAACAAGUCUAGGAGCGAAAUGCGUGGUCAAUGCAGUGGGCAUCUGACUUCAACCAUGUGCCAUAAUUUCACGGUGAAGUGUGCAGGUGCAGAAGUAAUAUAUGCUUAAACUUAUGAGAAGCAUCUUGCGCAAAAGGCAAGUACAUUUUUGGCUGGCAUAAAUUGUCCAUGAGUUCUGGAUGUACUCUAAAAUGCCUCCUGUUCAAAGGACAAUUAAGAGCUAAUUACAUUAAUUAGUCUUGAGCAACAUGACUGGAUCAUCAUAGGAUGGCAGGUUUCAUUCCAUAAAAGACGUUUAUAGAUCAGAAGAAUUUUUGUAAUUAUCUGAUACAUUUGCCAUUACCAGUAUUUAAAAUUUAUAAGAUUUUGUUUAAUUAUUUGAAUUUAAGUUUUCCAGCUAUAUUGAGCAGGGCUUAAACUUAUUGUCAUAUGAACAGAUUAGGUCUUGUGCCAUUAGUUCAGCUAUUGUAUGUAACUGCUGUAUGAAUGUCCUGUUUACAAUUGCAGGAUAUUAGUAAUUAGAGGAUGUAGAAUGAAGAUAUUUACCAAAGAAAGUAAUUCCACAACAAUUUUUUGCCUUUUAUUUAACUGGUAAAAUUACCCAUUUGAAUAUCAGCAAGUCUGGUUUAUGUAUGUUUAUCGUAAAAUAUUGAAUUUUCAUGUUUACUCAGUGAUAUUUGGGGCCAUGUCUUUCGGUGUGCUGUGCUACAUGUUUCUAGUGGUGAAUUGGCAUUUGGAUUCUACAUCAGGCUAAAUGAGGUGCAGUAAAUAAAAAUAGAAAUCUGAUAAAGGGUCCCAGGCCUGAAACAUUAACUGCUCCUUCCACACGCUGCCUUACUUGCUGAGAAGUCUCUUUAAAUUUUUGGUUUUAUUUUAAAUCUGAGAGGAUCUGUGAGCCCACUGAUUUUGA